GCUCUGCCUUAGUUGUACACGGUUGGCUCAUCGCCCACCACGUCCGCCACGAAAUGGUGGCCAUAACGGGUCCUCUUCACUGCCUGUCUUACGCUCUCCUGAUCCUUCCACCUCUCUUAUUGACUGGCUACUUCUUAAUUUCGUUCCCUCAUCCGCCAGAAUCACUUCAAAUACACCCAGGCUUGGGGUCUUUACCGAGAGAGAGCAAAUCCUGGAGUAUCUAUCCUGAAGAUUUCUAUGAAGGAGGCAAUUAUGUGCGGUUACCGUUUGGGAAGGUGCGAUAUUGGCUGUUCGGACCUGAAAAUGGCCAGAAGAUUGUGUUGAUACACGGGCUUUCAAUACCUGGAUUUGUUUGGCACGAUGUUGCACCGGGGCUAGCUAAGAGAGGGCUACGCGUAAUGGUGUAUGACUUAUACGGGCGUGGAUACUCAGACGCGCCACAGACAACGUAUGACACGCGGUUGUAUAUCACACAACUUGCACUUUUGAUGCAGUACGUAAAGUGGGAUAAGGCGGUGGUUGCGGGUUUAUCUAUGGGGGGAGCUAUAGCAGCCGCCUUCACAGCAAAUUUUCCUCACCUCGUCGAAGAUCGGGCAAUCAUAAUAUCAUCUGCUGGACUUAUUCAGUCAUCCGACCUCCCUCGAACCGCGAAAGUCAUCUCUCUGCCUGUAGUUCAAGCUAUUUCAUCCAGCCUAAUUGCGCAGAAAUUCAUAAAAUAUCGUAUGAACUCCCCCAACGAUCCAAGUUUACCUGUCAACCCGCUUCAUGAGAUCGUUCGCCUGCAGUCCGCUCAUCUACCUGGAUACAAUGGUGCACUAUCCUCCUCUCUUAGGGACGGACCUAUUCGUGGCGAAGAAAAAAGUUUCAAGGAUGGCGUCUGGAGAGGUCGUCGGCUGCUUAUCAUCCAUGGUACUGCCGACAAUACAGUCCCAUACAGAUAUGCAUCGAUUAUUCAGUCCCUGCUCCCUGUUGCGUCUGAGGUCGAUGGCCAGAAGCUCGCGGGUUGUUACUCAAAGAUCGUCACCAUUGACGGUGGCGGUCAUGACUUAACACAUAGUCAUUCUCAAGAGGUGACUGAAGAGAUAGCAAAGUGGGUCAAGGCUUCCUCGUAGCUCUGAAGGUCAACCGGGAAACCGGCCUGUCUGCCUCCCACCACUUCUGUCGUGAUUGCCUUAUUCUCCAUCUUACUACGCUAUCGUCACGCUCAAGUUCAGUUAUCAACGGGACAUGUUCACGGAUUUCUAUAACUCUUACGUUCUUGUAUGUUUCCAUCGGGUUAUGUUCUGUUCUUUCUUGGUUAUUUUCGCUCAUCCCCCAACCCUCCGAUUGUAUUAUUCUUGUUUGGAUUCCCCUUAACCUAUAUGCCCGUAACCUGCUGUGAUUUUUAAUUGUUGUUUCACUGGUUGGUCGUUUAUACACGCUUGUUCCUUCACUCUACAGUAUUGUGUUUCUAAUGCUCGACCUUCAGAUUACCUAUUUCUAGUUCGUUUGGCUUCUAUGGAUCUUUGAAGUGUCGAGUUUGUUGCAUAUCCUCCGAGCUUCAAGCCUUCAUUUUGCAGCUCCACAAUAACGCGAAGGUCAGCGCAACAUUUACCAUCCUCACCAGUCACCCGCAUCCAGGUUCAUUGGUUGGCCUUGCACUUCCGUGUAUGGGCCAUCACACCGUUGCGAUAUGCCGGGAAAGUUAAGCCUCAAGGCAGAAGGCAGAAGGCAGAGUUUUAGGGCUUUUCGGACUUUUUAGGAAGUUCCAGGCGGAACACACGCACAUUGCAGCAUGAAUCUUCGACGGAAUGAAAGUGGCGGGCAUUGGUUGCCUUGGACCCCAAUUUCAAACUUGCGCUUCUUCUAAACUGCGGCUUAAUUUUCCCCCGAAAUUUCCGAAGCUCAGACGUAUAA